AAAAAUAAAAAUAAAUAAAAAUGAAAAACAUACAUAUCAUAUUAUAUUUGACCACCCAAAAACUAGCUAUUUCACCCAUCUAUCCCUUCGCUGAAACCCGCUGUCCUAGCUGCAUCAAAAUUGCAACCAAUGCAGCUCUCCAACUCUUAAUGUUCAUGCAGUAACGUUCAAAUGAAACCAUGUAACCUGCAUUAAGUUGCUUUUCCUUCACACGCCUGCUCCUUUAAAUGGUGUCAUUCUUGUAAUUGGAGUUGCUGGCAUAUCAAAGCUUAACAUGUGGCGGUUCUGGCCUGAACUCGAAGCCAAGAAAACUGGCGGCCAAAUUUCCCCUUGUGCUAUGACGAAUCAUCAGCUCAAACUACAUUGCCAUUUUUAUAACUUUCUCAUACUUCCCAUGCUGCAACUUGUAAUUGCUGCCCAGGUUUUCCCCUCCAAUUGAAUUAACUAUUCCCUUGUUAAUGCACACCAGGUAUUUGAGGAAAUGAGAUAAACGGAUUUAAAGCUAAAUCUAAAGUAGAUUAAGAACUGCUACAUCAAACAGCAUAAGCGGCACUGGAAACCAUUUGAAGAUGUGAGAUUUGCUUUCAAAGAUGACAUAACCAGUAGCAGGGGAGGGCAUUUUUUCCGAAACAUGGGCUACCUCAUUACCUUUCGUUCAUACAUGAGCAAACUCCAGUCUGUCAAGCUGUCGCACAAAGCUGGUAAUUGAUUUAACAUAAGCCCGAAUACUUCAAGGCAAGUUACCUGGAGACCUGGUCCCUACUAGUAAAAGUCAAGAUAACGCAAUUUGCAGGGACAAACAAAAUUAGAAUUUGGAGACAGGUUUUAUUUGAUGAUAUUAAGAUUUAUGGUAUCGCUUGCAAUGGAUGCUGCCUUCAUAUUUAUUCUUGUCUUCAGUUCCAUGUUUCUAAGCACUGAAGCUUUUCAAUCCAACUGCUUCACUCUCAACUGUGGUGAUGGUGCUCCUGAUAUUCGUUUCCCUUUCUGGGUCUCAGGCCGGCAGCCCCAUUACUGUGGUCGCCCUGCUUUUGAACUUUCUUGCAAACACAACACCACCAUGAUUCGCUUUCCAAGCUACGGAGACUUGGUCGUGAAAUCCAUCUCCUACGGUGACAGAAAACUCCAGCUUCUUGAUCCCAACAACUGUGUUCAUCAAGUGUUUCUUAAUCUCAACCUCUCUCACACUCCAUUCAGAUAUUACUAUGUCGUCAAGAAUUACACAUACCUCAACUGUUCAACUAGGCUUCCACCUUCGUUUUCAGAAGUUUCAUGCUUGAGUGGGCCUAGGCAUCAUAUUUACACUGUAAAAUCUUCUUUGGUCCUGCCAGAAUCCUGCAGGCCAGUUAAAACUGUUGCAAUUCCAUUUUCAUAUAGUCCUUAUCUUGCUGAUAAUAGUUUUGGCCUUGGGUUAAGUUGGAGCUCUCCUGAACGUGAUGAAGAUUGUGAAGCAAAAGGAGGCCAGUGUGGUCUCCAAACAGGAUGUUUAGGUUUUUCAAUCAAGAACUUGAAUUUUGGUGAUGUCUCUGACAAGAUGUUGAAGAUUCUGUUGUGUAUAUUGACGGUGAUACUGGUAAUGAGCAUAAAGAUUCAUCAUUCAAAGAAAGUGGAUAUGCAGCUAGAAAAUGAGAAUCUGCUUGAGGUUUUGAGAUGCUAGAAAGCUCAAGAAAACAUGGAAUUAUGAAGAAGCAUUUGCUUGAGGUUUGCCCCAAUGUGUAGCAGCAAAAUGCAUAAAUUUUAUACUUAGAAACUAUGAUUUGCUAAAUAUUCUAUAUAUGUUUAUAUUCCAUUUGGGCUUUUACCUUUUUAAUUAAGUUA